UGCGGUUUGACCACUGCCGCUCCCCUCCUCUCUCUCCUCUUUCGUUCCCAUUCAUUUUCCCCUUCUAUUAUUAUUCCAUUCUCCUCUCUACUCGAUUCCAUUUCUAUCCCAUUUCCUUUCUAUUACCAUUAUUAUCAUAACCAUCAUCAUCAUCAUCUCUUAUAUUUUGUGUUCUCCUGUUUUCCCCCGCGCUUCCUUUCUUCUUCUUCCUCCUUUUUGUUUUUUUAUCCCUUUCUCCUCUCUCGCUUCCUUCCUAUAUAAACCUCUCUUCCAAUGUUCCUAAAAGCAAAGGCAUUGUCUAUCUAGAUCGACGGCAGCGUGGGGGGUGAAGUUGGUUUUCGCCCCAAGGUGGCAACUUUUACCAUCUUUCUGCUAGCACGCCUGAUUAUUCUCUUGACCCCGAGGAAGUUCCUUUUGGUCUCGAGGUUCUUGCUGUUCUCUUGGUGUCACGACAGGUUUUGUCGGAUUAAGCUGAUAAACUUUUGUUUUAGUCCAACAGUAUUCUUGAGAUGGGCUGUUUCACAGUCUUGAAAUGCAAGAAAAAGAAAAUUAGGUGUUUUGGAAACAAGAAACGCAUGAUCGCUGCAGAGACUGUUACAUGUGCACUUCCGGAACCAACACAAUCUGGACCAUCCCUCCAGUCUGCCCCUCCAAGUUUCAGAAACAGAACAAAACCUGCACAAUCUGGCCAUCGGAUACUCAACAGCAGAGUUCGGGCACUGUCUGCUCCUUCUACCCUCGUUUUGGCAGACCAGUAUGCUCUUGCUUCACUAGAAUAUGAUGACCAAGAAGAGUGCAAAGGCAGAGGUAUCUCAGUGAAGGACGAACGCUUUUCAAAUCCUUUGCCGCUGCCCCUUCCCUCGCCACAUACUUUCUCUUUGAGGAACUUGGAAAGUUUUAACUUGAACAAUACUAGUGGUCCUAUCGUAUCAUCUGGACCUCUACCAUUGCCUCCAUUAGGGGGAGGAGGCCUCCGGAACUUCUCUUAUGAAGAGAUUUCGGCUGCUUGUCAAAAUUUUUCUGUGGGUCGAUGCAUGUCAGAAGGCCUUUCAACUACAAUCUAUAAAGCUACCUUUGGAGAUGAUAGCAUGAGUUUAAAGAGAAGCGAAGCUACAGUUACUCGUUUACUUCCUUCCUGUCAGGGUUUGAAGGAGUUUUUGAAUGAGGUGAAUGUACUAGCAUCCCUACAGCAUCCCUAUCUCUGCAAGCUGCUUGGUUUCCAUGCUCAAGAGGGGUCUGAUGAGCGGAUGUUAAUUUAUGAGAGGCUCUAUCAUGGAAGUAUAGAUCGACUUCUUCAUGGGGGAUUAGAUGGUCGAUCCAUGGAUUGGCCUACACGAAUGAAGGUUGCCCUAUGUGCUGCAAAAGGCCUUGCAUUUUUGCAUGAAGAAGGGCCUUUUCAGGCCAUGUAUUAUGAGUUUUCAACUUCAAAUAUACAAGUUGACAAGGACUUCAGUGCAAAGCUAUCAGGAUAUGGAUGUGCAAGCUACAAUCCAGAGGCAGACGUCUCUGAUUCUUCUAUUGCUACUGCAAACCUAUCAGUGGAGACCUUGGAGCAGGGGUUGUUCACUCCGAAGAGUAAUGUCUGGAGUUUUGGAAGAGUCCUUCUUGAACUGCUGACUGGUAGGAAAAAUCUUGACAACCGCUAUCCCAAAGAAGAGCGAAACAUUGUGAAAUGGAGUAGACCUUUUCUUGCUGAUGAUUGUCGCCUAUCUCUUAUCAUGGAUCCCCGUAUGAAAGGGCGUUUCCCUCCAAAGUCUGCCCGAACUGUAGCAGACGUUGCACUAAAAUGUCUCCGAAAGGAUCCUUCGAAGAGGCCUACCAUGAGGUUCAUCGUCGAAGCACUCAAGGAUGUUCCUGACAUGAAAUGCCCUAGCCGUUACCCCCUCCAAGAACCAUCUGUCAUUGCAGGGAAACGGAUGUGCAAGUCUCCAAGUCUGACUGGCAUCAUUCCACCACAACCUCCUCCCAGUUUCUCAAUUUCACCUCCGUCAAAAAGCCAAUUGUUGCUUUCUCCAAGGACAUCAAUAUCCAUACCUUAUCCGCCUCUUAAGUGCACUACUACACGUGCAGUAGAGGAUAAUAGGAUAAGCAGUAUCAGAAGCUGUUCGCCUGCUAUGCAGAGGCUUGAAGGGUUUUGAUAUGCCUAUAUUGAUUAGUAAUUUGUUGUUUUUGGGUUUUUUUUGUUUUUGUUUUUGUUUUCUGUAUGUUGUGACUUGAUGCAAUAGAGGAUACAAGAUGUAUAUUUUGUUUGCUUAUCCACUCCUAGGUAAAGUAAUGGGGGUAGGAUUACCAUUUGUAGGUAAGCGUUGUGUUGUCAAUGAAUCUAUACCAAAAUUUUGUG